UCUUUCUUAAAAAGAAAAAAAAUAAUUGUUUGGUUCCGAUUUUGUCAAAGUAACCAAAUUUAUCAUCAUUCAUUCAAUCCAUCGUCUCAAUCAGCAAUCUCUAGAGGCUCUUCUUCAUCCUCAUCGUCUUAGCUAAAUCUAUUCGCCUUUCCUCCUCCUCCUCCAGAACGUUAGAAACGGUCUUGGGGGCAGUGGGAGAAGUACUAAUUCAAACAAGCUUCCCUCAUCCAUGGAUCUUAAACAGAUUGGAGAUACUUCUACAGGUGGUAGUUCUGUAUUUGAUGCAUCUCAGUAUGCCUUUUUUGGGAACCAUGUUGUUGAGGAGGUUGAGCUUGGUGGAUUGGAAGACGAAGAAGAAGAGGAUUUGCCUGUGGCUGGAAUAGGAGAAGAUUUUGCCUUUGAUAAGGAGGCUGAACUUUCCGACGUUGAUGAUCUUGCUGGCACAUUUUCUAAGCUGAAUAGGGAUCAUGACGGAUAUAGGAACGCAAUACCAAUAGCCGAUAAUGGAUCAAGACAAAAUUAUUUUGCUGAUGGACGGAACCGUGGGGAGGUGUUGCCAAAUUUGUAUGGACAGCAGAUACUGGACUCCAAUGAUAAAAGGUGGAUAUCUCAGCCUUUUUCUACUCCAGAUCUUAUUGAGCAAAGAAACCUGCACAGAGCAAUAUCAUAUCCUGACCCACAGCAUCACCAGCGGCCACACCAGCAUCCGCAACAAUUUUCCAGCGAACCGAUUCUUCUGCCAAAGUCAUCUGGUAGCAGAUCGUCAGAUCAGCAUUUAGGACAACCAAAUACGCAAUAUCAUUCUGGUGGGCCUCAUAUGGGAUCCCCAAAUCUCUCCCAUUUUCCAAGUUCUCAUCCUCGGUUGGGUGGCGUGCAUCAUGGGUCGCCACAGUUCACUGGAAACAUGGCUCAGAUUCAACCUUCUCUUCCUGUGAAUAAUCGCCCACCAGCUCAAUGGAUGAAUCGCCAAAAUAUGUAUUCUGAGGAUACUUCUGGGAUCAUGAACAACAUGUUGCCACAACAACAGUUACCUCAUCAAAACGGUUUGAUGCCUCCACAGCAGAGGAUGCCUCAGAUGCCGGUUCCCCAGAAUAAUUUACUACAUCCGAUGCAGCCUCAUGGGCAUUUGCCAGGAAUGCAGCCUCAGUUAUUUAAUUCUCACCUUUCUCGAUCAGCGUCCUCAGGCAGUUAUGAUGCAAUGCUUGGUUUUGGUGAUAUGAGGGAAGCAAGACCAGGAUCAGGUCAGGGGAACAGACAAAACGUGCGGUUUCAUCAACAAGGUUUUGAUGGUGGUCUUCAAAGGAGAGAUAAUGCUUGGCCUCGUUUCCGGUCGAAAUAUAUGACAGCUGAUGAAAUAGAGAACAUGCUAAAGAUUCAGCUUGCAGGAACGCUUAGCAAUGAUCCUUAUGUGGAUGAUUAUUACCACCAGGCCCGUCUUGCUAAGAAAUCUGAGGGUGAAAAACAGAAGCAUCAUUUCUGUCCGAAUCAUUUUAGAGACCUUCCAUCUCGUAACAACGAGCCCCAUGCGUUUCUUCAUGCUGAUGCUCUUGGUCGAGUUGCUUUCUCUUCUUUCCGCAGGCCUCGUCCUCUGCUUGAAAUGGAUCCUAAAAAAUCUGGUAAUCUAGAGCAUAAGGAUACAGCGAAGCCUCUUGAACAAGAACCAAUGCUUGCAGCUAGGGUGCUUAUUGAGGAAGGUCUCUCCCUCUUCCUGGAAGUAGAUGAUAUUGACCGGUUUUUAAAGUUCAAUCAACUCCCAGAUGGUGGAAACCAGUUGAGGCAAAAGCGCCAAGCUCUGUUGGAUGGGCUUGCAGUGUCACUGCAGCUUGUUGACCCUCUCGGUAAGAAUGGGCAAAACGAUGGGAUUGAAUCUCAAGAUAAUCUCGUAUUUCUAAGGAUUGUCUCCCUUCGAAAGGGUCGGAAGCUACUUACAAGGUACCUCCAGCUUAUUAUCCCGGGCAGCGAUCUAAUGCGUAUAGUUUCCAUGGCCAUUUUCAGACACUUAAGGUCCUUGUUCGGAGCGCGCCCAUCAGAUACGGAAACCAGGGAAAUUACAAUCAAACUUGCGAAAGUUGUCACUUUAUGCAUUCAAACCAUGGAUCUUGGACCCGUCAGUGCGUGUCUUGCAGCAGUUUCUUGUUCUUCUGAGCAGCCACCACUUCGUCCCUUGGGUAGUCCCGUUGGAGAUGAAGCUACCGUUAUUCUCAAAUCUGCACUUGACAGAGCUGCCGAGCUUCUCCGUGCUAAUAAUUACAACAAUGCAGGCAUGAAUCUGUGGCGUGCGUCCUUUGAUGAGUUCUUCAACUUGCUGAUGAAACAUUGCAUCAGCAAGUACGACAGUAUAAUGCAGAACUUGAAUUCGCAGUUCUUUGGCACAGAGAUGUCUGAAGCUGCUGCACAAGCCAUUGUCAGGGAAAUGCCAAUAGAGCUUCUACGUGCGAGUUUCCCACACAUUAGUGAUGAGCAAAAGAGAAUACUUGUGGAAUUCUUGAAGCUUGGUAGCCAGAAAACGGACACAGCCAUAAAUCAAUGAAAAACGAAACUUCCGCAUGGAGGAGAAGAGUUGCCAACGCUCUUGUUUCUUUGAUCCAGUACUCAUCUUUUUCUUUUGUUUUCUUGAUGACAUUAAUGAUGUGAAAGAAACAGGAGAAGUUGGCAUGUUCAGGGAAGGUCCAAAGCUUGUUUUACAUAUAAGAUAGGAAAUGGCAGUUACUGUUCUAUAUUUGGGUGUGUUUUACAUAUAAGAUGACUGGGAAGGUCCAACGUUUUCAACUUUUUUUCCCUCUGAACCAAAAUCUUACAGUUCUUUGGUUUUUGUUUUUGUCUUUUAAUGUGUGGCUUAUUGUCUUGCAAAGUGUUCUUGGGGCUGUGGGAUCAAAUGUACCAACAUGGUCUUAAUAGGUGAAAUGCAGGCUGAUAAACAAGCCUUGUAAAAUGAUCAUUAUUGAAGUCGAGUUAAAAUAAAGGUAUAAGAAUGGGGGUGAUUUAUCUGGCUAUGAGUUAUCUUACUUGUCUUCAUGAUUCUCAUGUUCACGUAAAACUUGAAACUUAGGACCCAUUUAUUUCGUGUUUGUAUAAACUGUUACUAUUUCUACUUUGUGCUAUGUUUCUUGUUGUGAACCCAAGUUUAAAGAACAACUUGUUCGAGAAUUUGAUUC